AUGAGACUCAACGCUGUCGCGGCGUACGGCCUCCUCUCGCUGCCUGCAGCAUCUGCAUGGGGAAGUCUUGGGCACAUCACCACGGCCUACAUAGCUAGCAACUUCAUCGCAAACUCCACCGAAGCCUAUCUCAAGGAGCUUCUGAAGCGUACCGACGACGAUUACCUCGCGUCCGUCGCCAGCUGGGCCGACUCCAUCCGCUACACGAAAUGGGGCAAGUUUACCAGCACCUUUCACUUUAUUGAUGCGCACGACCAGCCGCCACACUCGUGCAACGUAGAUUUGGAGCGCGACUGCAAACAGAGCGGCUGCGUCAUCUCCUCUCUCACCAACUACACCGAGCAGGUCUACGACGCCUCGCUGCCCGCGUGGCGUCGCGCGCAGGCCGCCAAGUUUGUCGUUCACUUUGUCGGCGACCUGCACCAGCCGCUUCACAACGAGGACGUCUCCCGCGGCGGCAACGGCAUCCACGUCCUCUGGGGCGGCCGCGAGCUCAACCUGCACCACGUCUGGGACAGCUCCAUCCUGGAGAAGUGGCUGGGCGGCCUGCGCGGCAAGCCCUACCCGCUGGCGAAGCGCUGGGCGACGCAGCUCACUGACGAGAUUAGCCAGGGCAAGUGGGCGGACGAGAAGGAUUCGUGGGUGAAGGACAUUAACCUGGCCGAUACCAACAGCACGGCGCUGACGUGGUCGCGCGAGGCCAACGCCAUCAUUUGCUCCCAUGUCCUUCCACAAGGCCCCGAGGAUAUUCAAGGCAAAGAGCUGAGCGGCCAAUAUUACGAGGAUGCCGCACCGAUCUUGGAGAAGCAGGUAGCGUUGGCUGGCUAUAGAAUGGCGGCCUUGCUUGACAAGAUUGCCGACGAGUACAACGCGCACCGUGGGUAUGGGAGCGAUGCUGAAAUCGAACUAUAA